GUCGUCGGGUCGAUGAGGAGGUACAGUCAAAUCAUAUACCUUCAAACAAUCAACAACAACUGUUCGACACAGACCUUUGCGAAACAAUCUUUCAAAAUGUUCAAAUUGGUGGUGUUGUCUGCUGUUCUUGCCGUUGCUGCUGCUGCCCCAAGUGCAACCUUGGUCGCUUCGCCUUUGGCAUACACGUCUGUGGUGCAUCAGCCUACCCUCGUCGCUCAGAAGGAGAUUUCCUACCAGAAGAGCAUCAUUGAGGAGCCAACCGUUGCCCACGUCGGAACCGUUGUCAAGAACGUCCCAAGUGGUGUCACCCACCACAGCUCGUCGGUUGUUCACCACGAUGCCAAGAUCUCGGAGCCAGUCUUUGCCACAGCUGUGAAGAAGACCGUCGUCGCUACUCCAGUUGAGAAGACCGUUUACCACCAGGCCUACGCUGCUGCUCCAGCCAUCGCCUACGCUGCCCCAGCCGUCAAGACUCACUACGUCCAGGCUGCCCCAGCCAUCCAGACCCAGUACGUCGAAGCUGCCCCAGCCAUCAAGACUCACUACUACGAGGCUGCCCCAGCUUUGACCUACGCCGCUGCCCCAGCUUUCACCUAUGCCGCUGCUCCAUUGACCAAGACUCACUACGUUGAAGCUGCCCCGGCCCUGACCUACGCCAGCUACCAGCCAGCCCUGACCUAUGCUCAUGCCCCAGCCGUGUAUGCCAAACACUAAUGUCUAGCAGUUGAAGGAUGACUGUCGGAUUAUUUUUCUCUUGUUCACGCUUUGGUUGUUUCUAGUGAAAGAUCGGAAAGGUAAUGCCUGAGCGAGAGAAUAAAUCGUUCGGUAGUGAUAUUUUGUAAAA